AUGAGUUCGUAUCAGUUUGUCAACUCGUUGACGUCGUGCUACAGUCAAGGGCGGCCGGACCCGACGGCGCAGGACUAUUACACGCCGCCGGUACAGGCUUACGGGAGCUGUUUCAACGGGCCGGCCUCGCCGGCGCAGGGCUACGGGGCGCCCUAUGGCGCCCCGCCGCAGCCUUUAUCGGCGCAGAAUGGGGACCACUACAGCAGCUGCUCGCAGCAGCAGCGGCUCGGCGCUACGCCGACUCCCAGCUGCAAGUUCGCCGAGUCCGCGCUCGCCGCCUCGCCGCAAGACCUAUCCACCACCAGCUCCAGUUCUCAGCCGCCGGAGUCUCCGGAGCCGCCGGGCCAAUCGCCCACGCCGCCCACAUCCAAGUCCUCGACCAGUCGACACUUGAGCCCGGACUCGAGCCCCAGGGCCUCGCCCCAGCAAUCUCCCUCACCCAACAGCCAGCAGGGCGCGUCGCAGCCCAGCACGCCGCAGAAGAGCGGAGCCGCUUUCAGCCAGACCAGCCAGCCACCGCAGAUCUAUCCCUGGAUGAGAAAAGUGCACGUCGGCCAAAAUGGUGUGAACUCGAUGGGGGAAACGAAACGCCAAAGAACGUCUUACACCCGAUAUCAAACCUUGGAGCUGGAAAAAGAAUUCCAUUUCAACCGGUAUCUGACACGGCGACGGAGGAUUGAGAUCGCUCACGCCCUGUGCCUGAGCGAGCGACAAAUAAAAAUCUGGUUCCAGAACCGUCGCAUGAAGUGGAAGAAAGAACACAAGAUGGCUUCCACCAUGCCACCCCAAAUACCUCAGGUUCUACCGGACCAUCUCGCACACCACAUGCAUGGAGAAACCAAAGCGUAA